ACGCUUGGAAGGUCACUCAAAUGUUUCACAUCUGUAGUAAAGUUGACCGAGAGUCCACUCCUCACUAGCAAGGGAAAAGAGAUUAACAGUUAGUCACAAUUUUCAGGGAUUCUUUUUUUUUGGGGGGUGGGUUGCUUGGUAACGUGUGGUUUUAUAUUAAAAUCUACAAUUCGGCGCGCGGGGGUCAUCCUUUGUAAAUAACGUAGCCGGGUUAACUUUAUCCACAACAUGAAGACGGGACAAGUCCUUUGAGCAAAGACGUGUUUCGCGGAUUUUGGGAUGGUGGCUUUGUUGUACCCCAGGCUCCAGUGAAUACUCCAAAGAGGUAAUCUAGUCUGAGAGCGGUGUCAGCGGAGAACCAGCUCGCCAUGGGUCCCCUCACUACGCCUAAGAAAGGGAGGGACGCAGGUUCCGUUGACCCCUGGACGCCGACCUCCAACCUCAAAAUGCUCAUCAGCGCUGCUAGUCCGGACAUCAGGAACCGAGAGAAGGAGCUGUGCAUGGACCACGACGGACCAGACGGUCUUGACGGUUCGCAGGAAACUGAAAAUGGAGAAGAGUCCGAGAAAAUGAUCAGCAGGAAGGAGAAGAGCCUGGGUUUGCUCUGUCACAAGUUCCUCGCCCGCUACCCAGAUCACCCAAAUCCAGCCCUCAGCAACGACAUCUGCCUGGACGACGUGGCCACGGAGCUCAGCGUGGAGCGCCGGCGCAUCUACGACAUCAUGAACGUGCUGGAGAGUCUGCACAUGGUGAGCCGCUCGGCCAAGAACCGCUACACCUGGCACGGGCGCACCAAGCUGACCCAGACGCUGGCCAUCCUGAAGCAGGUGGGCGAGGAGCACAGGUACGGCCAGCAGAUGCUGCACAUCCGCCAGCGUCUCCUCCACCGGGAGUUCGACUUUGACGCGGAGGAGAAGGAGAACGAGGAGGCGGUGGAGCUGCAGAGCGCCGAGCAGGGGCAGAAGGAGCUCUUCUUUGUGGAGCUUCCAGGAGUGGAGUUCAAAGCAGCCUCCGUUAACAGUCGGAAGGACAAAUCUCUGAGGGUGAUGAGCCAGAAGUUCGUCAUGCUCUUCCUGGUGUCCGAUCCUCGCGUGGUCAGUCUGGACGUGGCCGCCAAGAUCCUGAUCGGAGAGGAACAGGGCGCAGAUCGAGACAAGAACAAGUUCAAGACCAAAGUGCGGCGGCUGUAUGACAUCGCCAAUGUGCUGCGCAGCCUGAAGCUCAUCGAGAAAGUCCACGUGACGGAAACGAGGGGGAGGAAACCGGCCUUCGAGUGGGUCGGCCCCGAAGAUUUCCCACAAGUUGAAGGCUCGGCGAGCUCCGCGUCGCAGUUCUCCGCCGCCAAGAGGACGCUCCUGGAUUCCCGCGCGUCCGCGGACAACUGCGCCAAGAAGCUGUUUCCGCUGCCGGGCACCAAGCGCGGCUUCACCCGGCACCCCUCCCUCAUCAAGCUGGCCAAGAGCAUCCAGGACGACCGCCGCAAGAUCAACUCGGCCCCCACCAGCCCCGUCAGGAGCGUCCUCGGCGAUUCCUCGAACACUUCCUGCCUGAACAAAAUGGCUCAACUCGCUGCCAUCUGUAAGAUCGAGCUCGACCAGAAGUGCCCGGCCGCUGCUCCAGAACCUGCUGCUGCUGCUGAGACCCACGCCGCCACCAGGCCAGCCCCGACCCCCUCUGCUUCGGCGAGACCGCCUCGGGCCCCGUUACUCACUCCGAGCCCCCAGCCGGCCGCGCCCGGGGGCCCCGUCGCCUACGUCCCCGCCCAGUGUUCCCCCCUGAUCCCCGUCCUGCUGCAGCAGCAGCCGGGGGGCGUGCCCUACGCCGUGUAUUUGCACUCGCCGUCCCCGAGGCCGAACCCGCUGGUCAGGCCGCAGCCGACCAGCCUCGCCGUGCGCUCCAUGACCUUCGAGGACAAGGCCGGCGGGCAGAGCCCCACGGGCCAGAGCGCCGCGUUCAAGGCGUCGGACGUCAGCCCCCUGGUGCUCAAGCGGCUGCUUUUGGAUUCGGGCUUGGAGAGCAGCCCCCCAAAAGCCAAGAGGAAAGACCCGAGCUGCAUGGAAACAUCUCCAAAACUGUGUGACAUCCUCCAGGCCCGUCUGAACCACCACCGCGGCGGCGGCCAGCCCUCCAGCCGGCCCUCGCCCCGAGCCCUCCACCUGGACCCGGAGUUCGUCAACACCCCCGGCAGCGCCGUGACCAAUCAGACGCUAGAGCAGAGCCUGGAGAACUUCCUGGACCGAGAGGACAAGUCGGACAACGAGGCGGGACUGACGCCCGUCAGAGUCGUGCCGCUCACGCCGGGGCACCUCCACAGCGAGACCUUGGUGCCGGCCGGAUACCUGAUCCCCAUCUCCCAGCAGUCCCUCAUCGGCUACAGCUCGGCGAUUCAGGACUCGGGGAGAGAGAGCGGCAAGGCCUCCACGCCCACUCGCAACAUCUACCAAACACCGACCGCAGGCUCCAGACCAGCCUUGGCCCAGGAGAUCACGCCCAUCACCCUUCGUUUCCACAAGCCCUCGUCGUUCUCGUCCUCCUCCUCCUCCUCGCCGCACGCCAUCCAGCAGCCCCACCGCCUCCACAGCCCGAGUCCCGCCAUCCUCAACUUCACCCUGCAGAACCUGGGCCUGAUCUCCGCCUCCAGCCCGGGAGCCGCCUUCCCCGCCCCCCAGACUCCGGACUGCGCCCCGCCCGGCCCGCUGGCUCUGCAGCAGAGGGGCAUGGUGUUCAUCAAACCCGUGUCCCCGGUGCCCGUCCAGCAGUCCGUCACGGGGACACCGGUGGCCCUGUUCAGCGUGCAGCAGCCCCUGAUGACCACCCCCAAAGGAACGGGGCUCCCCCAGCAGAGCUUCUUCCACACGCCGGUCCCCGUCUCCCCCCUGGCCGCCAUGGUAACCGCCGGUGGACACCUGGCCGCCAAAACCGUUUACAUCCCUCAGAGGAAGCUGGACGUCGCCCCCGAGGACUCGUGAGGGAGACCCUCUGGUGCCCCUGUGCAUUGUGGGUCUGUCAAUGCUCACGUCUGCGUGAGCAUUUCACCGCAUUCAUUCAUUCUGAACAUUUCAGGCGGCUUUAACCGUAGCUGCCGUGCAGACGUUAGGCCCCCCCCCCCACCCCACCCCCCCGGGGGCCGGCCCCACGCGCCCAUGGGACGCGUUGUCCCGGAAACGGUUCUACCGCCAUUACGUUUGCAGGACCUAAUGUAGAAGAACUUGUUUUCUUGUUGAUCAAUAUUUUUCUUCUUUAUUCUAGUUAAUUCUUUUAUGGUGGGCGGUGUGAACACCAAUUUGCUUUUUUUUUGUAAAGAAUCAGUGCUGUAAAGGGCAGAACACUUAGUGACAUGGAUGUUGAUUGAUUGGGCACAUUGCUGAUUGGUAAUUUUAGUCUUAGACCUAAUGAGAAGACUUUUGCACAAAUGUACACAUUAACUGUCCGCUCUGUUACAAAUGAGUUUGUUAAGAAUAUGUGAAUGCGUGUGCUUAUGGAUUAAUCAAAUGUGUUUAAUUUAUAAGGAAAUCACCUUUUGUGUUUUGAUGUCCUGCUAAAUGUAAAAUGGUAAUUGAAUUUUAAUACAUUUUUUCUAUGAACACGGUGUGGUGUUGGUCUGUUUCUGCUUACGUCUCUACAACUGUUAGAUUAAUCGUAGCAAAAUUCCUAAAAUUAAAAACUUCUGUUUGAUAACUAGUUACAGGGGGAUAAAAUGAACUUUCUGUUCUCAACUCCAAGCAGAACACAAAGAAAAAGGUUAUUUUAGGUUUUAAAGGUGUUCUCAGGAUUGUUUGGGUCUUUCACAAAUGUGUUGACUGCUUUUCUUUCCCCCAAAUGCAUUUGCAAAGCAAUUUUGUCAGCACUGUUAAGGCCCCAUAUUGAUAAAAUGUAUUAUUUAAACUGCGUGAAAGUAUCAACACGCUCAGUCCUGCAGCUGUCUGUUCUUUAAACAAGUCGUCGGGAUAAAAACUAUUAAAUAUU